UUGCGUUUCCACCAAUCCAUUCCGUUGGGGAACAGAGCCAAUGGAGAACGAGGAAUCAGGAAGUGCCACACUGAGCUUUCUACAUCCGGAUUCACAACCAAGGACAGUUUCGAGACUCAAGACUUCUGCUCCUGUAAGGACCUAUAGAACUCAUGAUAUCCCCUUGAGGGAUAUCGAGAUGAGCGCAGCUGCAGCGAGGUCCUUCUCCGAGAAAGCCAAGGACACACUAAAGAGGGAAAUCUUGGAAGAAGGAGAGGGCAUGGGGAGUCAGUUGAUGAUCAUGAUUGCAAGAAGCAAGGCAGGCGAAGUCCCAAGGUUUGAUCCACUGAAAAAGUAUGGGUACUUCUACGAGGUUGUGGCAGGCCAACACAUCAUAGUCGCGAAGAAGGAAAUCUACGAGGAGACCGCCAUGGAGAAGGAUACGUGCAUGUGUGCAGUCUACAUGGGCGUCACAGAGGAGGAAAAGAUGGACCUGGCACUGCACAACGCCACGCUGCAAGCGAUUCCAUUCAAUGUCCUUGAUGUGUUGCAGAAGUGCCAAGAUGCUGAGGAGAACUCGUCUGACAUCCUACAAUCAUUCAAGACUGUUUUAAAA